GGCGUCUCCGGAACCGCAAAACCGAGCCGGGGACCCCGGAAUCGACCCCGAGACCCCCGAACCGAUCCCGAACCCCGGCAUGGACCCGGACCCGGAGCGGGACCCGAAUCCCGGAGCCGCCACCGACCCCGCACCGGCACCGGCAGCGGCAGCGGGGGGAAAGCGGCGGCGGUUCACGGUUCGGCAGGAGGGUCCCGAAGAAUCCCCGGUCCCGUCGCUGUUCAGAGCCUCCUCCGCGCCCCCUCCGGGCCCGGUGCCGGUUCCGAUCCCGCCCGGUCCCGGUUCUUACGCUGAGUUCGUGGUGAGGGGCUCGGGGGGAACCGGGAAGGACCGGGAGCAGAACCGGGACCAGAACCGGGACCAGAACCGGGAGCAGAACCAGGACCAGAACCGGGACCAGAACCAGAACCGGGACCGGGAUCCCGGACCCACCGGAGCCGCCCCCUCGGGAGCCCUCCCGGGACCUCCGGGACCCCUCCCGACCCCCGGGGACCGGGACCAGAACCGGGACCAGAACCGGGACCGGGACCAGAACCGGGACCGGGCUGAGCCCCGGGAGGUUCCGGCCCUGCCCGCCAUCAAACCGGGCACCAAGAGCAGCAGCAUCAUCGUCAGCCCGCGGCAGCGCGGCAACCCCGUGCUCCGGUUCAUCCGAAACGUCCCCUGGGAGUUCGGGGACGUCGGCCCCGACUUCGUCCUGGGCACCUCCAGCUGCGCCCUCUUCCUCAGCCUGCGCUAUCACCACCUGCACCCCGGGUACAUCCACGAGCGGCUGCGGGCGCUGGGGCGGAGCUUCGGCCUCCAGGUGCUGCUGCUGCAGGUGGACGUGCGUGACCCCCAGCAGUCGCUCAAGGACCUGGCCAAGGUUUGUCUGCUCACGGACUGCACGCUGCUGCUGGCCUGGAGCCCGGAGGAGGCCGGCCGUUACCUGGAGACGUUCAAGUCCUACGAGCAGAAGCCGCCGGAUCUGCUGAAGGAGCGCGUGGAGCAGGACUUCCUGUCCCGGGUGACCGACUGCCUGACCAGCGUCAAAUCCGUCAACAGGACGGACGCGCUGAGCCUGCUGGGGACCUUCGGGUCGCUGGCGGCCGUGGCGGGGGCGUCGCGGGAGGAUCUGUCCCUGUGUCCUGGCGUGGGGCCACAGAAGGCCAAGCGUUUGUUCGAUGUCCUGCACGAGCCGUUCGUCAAGGCGCCGCGAUGAGCCCCAAAACCUUCAAAAAUCACCCCAAAAAUCCCACAAAAAUCACCCCAAAAACCCUCCCAAAAAUCUCCCAAAAUUACCCCAAAAAUUCCCGAAAAAAAUCCCCCCAAAUACCCCCCAAAAUCCUCAAAAAUCCCACAAAAAAUCACCCCAAAACUCCACAAAAAUCCAAAACACAAUCUCCCAAAAAUCCCCCCAAAAAAUCUCCCAAAAUCCUCAAAAAUCUCCCCAAAAAACACUCCAAAAAUUCUCGAAAAAAUCCCCCUGAAUACCCCCCAAAAUCCUCAAAAAUCUCCCCAAAAAUCCUCCAAAAUCCCCCAAAAACCCAACCCCUCCCCAAAACCCCCCAAAAUCUCC